CGCAUUGAACAGGAAGUAUUCUCGAGACCCAGCAAAUCCCCUCCCGCAUCCGGCCGGCCUCACCCUCGCAGCGCAUCUCCAAGCGACCAAGCCCGAGCGGUCUCUCCAGGUUUUCCGGCGGCGAUGGCGGGCAAGGGAGGUAAGGGUCUGCUGGCGGCGAAGACGACGGCGGCGAAGAGCACCGACAAGGACAAGGACAAGAAGAAGGCUCCCGUCUCCCGCUCCUCCCGCGCCGGCCUCCAGUUCCCGGUGGGCCGCAUCCACCGCCAGCUCAAGUCCCGCGCCUCCGCCCACGGCCGCGUCGGCGCCACCGCCGCCGUGUACUCCGCCGCAAUCCUGGAGUACCUGACCGCGGAGGUCCUGGAGCUGGCCGGCAACGCCAGCAAGGACCUCAAGGUCAAGCGCAUCACCCCGCGCCACCUCCAGCUCGCCAUCCGCGGGGACGAGGAGCUGGACACGCUCAUCAAGGGGACCAUCGCCGGCGGUGGCGUCAUCCCCCACAUCCACAAGUCCCUCAUCAACAAGACCGCGAAGGAGUGAAGGAGGGGGCAACCGUGCGCGCGUGAACAUGUGUUCUUGCCUGUCUGCCUGACUACAGUCCCUGCAGUUUACCGUCUGUAUCGUGUCGUGUUAAUUUCAGUGUCUGUGUCGUCAUAGUUGUGGUAAACUAAUAUUGUUUACCACUGCGUUUAUGUCUUAGGGGGUGUUUGGGAAACCCCUGUUAAAGUUUAACACCUGUCACAUCGGAUGUUUGGAUGCUAA